AUGACAGAUUAUCUUUUCUUUGACCAUUUACAUGUCAUAUCUUGGAAAAAAAAUUCAAGAAAUGUAGCUAUUCAAAGUCACUUUACAGAUUCUGAGAUGAAUGAUUCAGUUAUGAGAUUGAAAGAUAAAAAAGAAGCAGAGCCUGAAGCUGAUCCAGAAAGAGACCAAAGGACUGUUUUUGCUUACCAGAUGCCACUGAAGGCAACUGAAUAUGAUGUUUAUGAGUUCUUCUCAAAAGCAGGAAAGGUUAGAGAUGUGAGGCUGAUCAUGGAUAGAAAUUCAAGAAGAUCAAAAGGAGUUGGGUAUAUUGAGUUUUAUGAUGCAAUGUCUGUGCCAAUGGCAAUUGCCCUUUCGGGUCAUUUGCUUCUUGGUCAACCUGUCAUGGUCAAACCUUCAGAAGCUGAGAAGAAUCUUGUCCAAUCUAACGCUACAGCUGGCGGGACAGGUGGCAUUGCGGGUCCCUACGGGGCAGUUGACCGGAAACUUUAUGUUGGAAAUUUACACUUCAACAUGACUGAACUCCAACUCAAACAGAUUUUUGAAGCUUUUGGACCCGUGGAGCUUGUCCAACUCCCCACGGAUCCUGAAACGGGUCAUUGUAAAGGUUUCGGGUUCAUUCAGUUUGCUCAACUUGAACAUUCAAAGGCUGCACAAAGCUUAAAUGGGAAGCUUGAGAUAGCUGGGAGGACAAUUAAGGUAUCUUCGGUUACUGAUCAUGUUGUUGCACAAGAUUCAGGAGCAAAAGCCGCAGACUUUGAUGAUGAUGAUGGUGGAGGUUUGGCUCUAAAUGCGCAAUCUAGGGCAAUGCUUAUGGCAAAGCUUGAUAGAAGUGGUAUCGCAUCGAGUGUUGUUCCUGGGGCAAAUCUGGUGAAUGGGUCUGGCCCAAUUCAAGCGAUUAAUGGGCCAUCUACAACAGUCCCUGUUCCAGCUUUAGCCCAAAUUGUUUCAGAGCCUGUUGGAAACCCUAGCGAGUGCUUGCUUUUGAAAAACAUGUUUGAUCCAUCCACCGAGGUUGAGCCGGACUUUGAUUUGGAUAUAAAAGAUGAUGUGGAAGACGAGUGUUGUAAUUAUGGAAGAGUGAAGCAUAUCCAUGUUGAUAAGCACAGUGCUGGUUAUGUGUAUGUGCGAUUUGAAAGUGUGGAGGCGGCUUCACGAGCUCAACAGGCAAUGCAUAAAAGAUGGUUUGCACGCAGAUUGAUUUCAGCAAUAUUUUUGCAACCAUACGAGUAUGAUGCAAAGUUCAAAAGUGCAGCUUGAUCAUGUCACACAACCAAGAUAAAACUGGGUUUGAAUUUGUUGUCAGGUUUCUUAAUUUUAGUUUUUUGUUAGAGACAUUUCCAUUUUGCAUGUAUAAUGAUAGAUAUUAUGAAAUUGGUUUUUAUGGGAUCAUAUCUGAUAAGUAAUGUUCAUGAAGUCUGUGAAUUGUUUAAGACUGAAUAAUAUUUCUAGGCUUAUUCUCAGUUAUAGUUUUUGUAGGUUGUGCAUAAUAGUAUUGUAGAAUGACUUACACUUUUGGUUCUGUUUGGAAUGGUUUGAAGAGUUUGUUCGAUCCUUUUUGGCUCUUGGAAUCAGGUUGAUUAUGGCAAAGACAAGACAUUAUGAAAAAUAUUACAAUUUCUUAAAGAUAAUAUUAAAAGAUGGCUUAUCGUAUUCAUAAUCCAUAACAGUAUGCGUG